GGAUAGAAUUCUCUUGAGACUCUCCACAUGUAUAUUUUGCCUCUGAUCCACUUCAUUGUAUACCGCUACUGCUGGUAGUAGAGUCUUUGUCAAAGUGCAGAACAUUAUGUCAAAUUCGACGAAUCUCUCGCCGGCUUACUUAGCAGAGAACAGGUCUUCUCGGCUUGUUAUUUCGAACAGUAUAUUUUUCGGACUUGCGGCUAUCAAUGUACUUUUGAGAUUUGUGGCUAGAAAGUUGAAGAAUAUAUCGUGGGGAGUAGACGAUUAUUUGAUUGCGUUAGCUCUUAUUUGGGUAACGGGACUAUACGUCAUCAGUAUUUUCUCUGUCAAAUAUGGCGUAGGUCGUCAUAUUGAAGUAGUGGCGGAGGACAAAGUACAACAAAUAUUCAAACUUAUAUAUGUUAUGCAAAUAUUUUAUGUUCUCGCGCCCGCCACUAUAAAACUUUCCAUCCUCUUCCUCUACAAGCGCAUUUUCGUUAGCGAGCGAUUCAUUCAUAUUGUGUACGCACAUAUAAUCGUGAUAUCAGUUUGGGUCACUAUAAUGUUGUUUAUGGUUAUAUUUAAUUGUUCACCGAUCAGUGCGUUUUGGACGUAUGACGGGAAAUGCUUCAACUUUGAGAAACUUACAAUUGGGUACGCGAUUGUGAAUAUCUUGACAGAUAUGUCAAUUUGCAUACUGCCUUUGCCAAAAAUCUGGAAGCUGCAAUUACCUAUUGGCCAAAAGAUGGCAAUCAUGUUGAUAUUCAUGCUGGGGCUUUUUGAGAUAGCAGCUGCCUUAAUGCGUCUGAUUUUUGCGAUUUGUUUUAUUGAUUCUUCGGACGCAACUUGGGAUUAUACGAUUGGCAACAUUUGGUCCGUCAUUGAGCCCGCGAUUGGAAUCGUGUGCGCCUGCCUUCCUACCACUCGUGUUGUUUUGCUUGCUAUCCUCCCCGCGUCCUGGUGCUCAGUAUUCUCUAUCAAUUUAUGCCCAUCCAAAACUAUUACAAGCGGUCGUGAAAAUGGAGACUGGCCACGUAUAGCAACAUACAGCGAAAUUCAAAUCGACAGUCAAAUAAGAUUAUCGAAGAAGGAUCACAGUGAUGUAGGAAGUGAAAAUGCCCUGGAGUUGAGAGAUGUCAACGGACUCGAACAACAGGAAUCUGGAGAUAGAAUUGUGGUCAAGCAAGAAUAUAUGGUCAGGGAAGAGUAUGUGAAAGCAGAUGAGAGUGUAUAGCAUUUCACUGCUCUACUCUGCAAGAAAACACAAGAAGUCUUUAUUGUUGCCAUUGAUGACGUCAAUAUGGAUAUAAGGCAUGCUUCUGAAAGCUUGGGAAUACUGCGAAUGGAAUGUCACUUUUGAACCUACAAUACCUGCGCGUGUCAUUGACACAAGAGGGCUGCCUUCUAAAGGUGUUGAUCCCAAAACAAUGCAAUAGGUUCGGACAUGGGCCAAUAAAACCUCACCUAUCAAACAGAUCACCACCAACGCCACGGCCUAUACAUUUGUCCUCUAGCAUUUUUCCAAUCACCCCAAAACUCUCUACGUCUACUUCACCACCCCAAUCGCCAUGCUCCGUGCCGGUUUACCCCGCUACGCUGUUCUCCUCACUGAAGGCAGCGUCUGGUCUGGUCUUGCUGCCAGGUGUCUCGUUCUCGUUGACAACAGGAUUCUGCACGAGCAUAAAGACGAAGAACGAAGGAAUAAAUAUGGUUGUAGGAAUGGAAUUCGAUUGGGACGACGAAACGAUGAAAUCAUCCACGAUCGAUUCA